UAGUGUUAGCAAGCCAUAGUUAAGUUAUUAGUUCAUCAUAGUAAGCCAUGUAUCCUUGGAGACUGAAAUAAACAUUCUAAUUUUCGCCUUAAUCUGAUCCAGACGUAUAUAACAGUUUUGGCGACGAGGAUUACGGAAAUAUCAGCUUUUCAAGAUGAAUUCAGAGUUCCAAAAAUCACUACUGGACAUUCUACAGAACCAACAAAGGAUUCUCGACCGGCUUAUGGAAAAUCAGUGUUCUGCAAAUCAAGAAAACGGAAGCUCAUCAAGCCAGCAAACCCUCUUUUCAACGCAGUUAAGUCACAACCAGGAGUUCCUUAUCGAGUCUUUGUCCAGCGGGAUCACGGAAUUCGCGUACGAUCCGGAGAAUGGCGUAACAUUUGCAGCGUGGUUCUCAAGAUACGAAGAUUUGUUCCAUGAGGAUGCAAAGAACCUGGAUGACGCAGCGAAAGUUAGACUCUUGCUUCGGAAUAUAAGCACAGUGGCUCAUCAAAAGUACAUCAGCUAUAUUCUUCCGAAGAAGCCUAAGGAUCAAAGCUUCGAACAGACCGUUUCUACAUUGAAGAUCAUUUUCGGCAGGCAGAUAUCGUUGUUCAACGCCAGAUACCAGUGUUUACAGUUAUCGAAAAACUCAAGUGACGAUUUCUAUACGUAUGCGGGUGUCGUUAAUCAGAAAUGUGAGGAAUUCAAGCUGAACGAAGUCACGACGGACCAAUUCAAGUGUCUUAUGUAUGUUUGCGGCCUCAAAUCACAUCGCGAUGCAGACAUCCGUACCACGCUCCUAUCCAGAAUCGAGAGUAAUAAGCCUGGAGAAGAGAUGACGGUGCACAAACUAGCAGAAGAAUGUCAGCUCAGAUUGGUUAAUCUGAAACGUGAUACGGCGAUGGUAGAGAAGCAAGGUAGCACGCAGCCCGCAGUAUGUGCAAUCAAUCGUACAAAUCCAGCAAAACCAGUAACUGCCGAGGAGUCCCACGAAGUUCCUAGAUCACCAUGCUGGCGGUGCGGGGAUAUGCACUAUUCAAAAUACUGUUCGUUCAUCAAUCAUGAGUGUCGUAUGUGCCAGAAGGUAGGACACAAGGAGGGAUACUGCGCCUGUUUUGAAAAAGGAAACAAAAAGUAUAAAGAAAACGGUAAGCAACGAUUCAACCAAAAAGCACAAGCACAAGGAGUGUUCACCAUCAACCAGGUUGGCCUAACAGAUAGACGGAAGUACAUCACGGUUGGAAUCAACGGAGUGACCACGAAGCUUCAACUCGACUGUGCCUCGGACAUCACUAUCAUUCCCGAGGACGUCUAUAUCCAAUUAGGUUCUCCAGCAGGACGAGCACCAUCCAUCGAUGCAGUUAAUGCAAGUGGCGAGGAAGUUGGUAUCAGUCGCGAAAUAGAAUGCAACAUUUCUUUCAACGGAAAAACCAAAACCAGAAGAUGUUUUGUAACGACAGUCCCGGGAUUAUCUCUGUUCGGCAUUGAGUGGAUUGAAAUGUUUAAUCUUUGGGACGUACCGAUCAACGCAGUGUGCAACGGCGUGAAGCUACAAAGUUUUCCACGAACGGAGGGACUUAUUCAAGAGCUUCAGCAGGAAUUUUCGAGCAUCUUCAGUGACGAACUUGGAUUAUGCAAGAAGACAACAGUGUCAUUCACGGUCAAGCCUGGCAUCAAACCAAUAUUCCGUCUAAAGAGACCUGUACCGUAUGCAGCAACAGCCAAGAUCGAAGCAGAAUUGGAACGCCUUCAGAAGCUCGGAAUCAUUACACCAGUAUCGUAUUCGGAAUGGGCCGCUCCAAUAGUAGCAGUGACUAAACCAAACGGACGCGUCAGGAUUUGUGCUGACUACUCAACUGGCCUCAAUUCAGUACUGGAACCGCAUCAACAUCCAUUACCACUACCUCAAGACAUUUUUGCAAAGUUAGCCAACAAGAAGGUUUUCAGUCAAAUUGACCUCAGCGAUGCUUAUCUUCAGGUCGAGGUCGAGCCAUCAUCGCGCAAGCUUCUAACAAUCAAUACACAUAAGGGGCUAUUCGAGUUCACACGGCUUUCCCCUGGAGUUAAAACAGCCCCUGGUGCAUUUCAAGAAAUCGUAGACAACAUGAUAGCUGGUUUGGAAGGAGUUAGUGGAUAUCUGGACGAUCUCAUCGUGGCGAGCGAUUCUGUAGAGGAACAUAUCCAUCAUCUCGAGUGUCUGUUUGCACGUAUUCGCGAAUUUGGGUUUACUCUCAAGAUUGAAAAAAGCCAUUUCUUCAUGAGUGAAAUGAAGUACUUGGGAUUCAUCAUUGACAGCCAAGGAAUUCGUCCGGAUCCAGAGAAGAUUCGAGCUAUCAAGGAGAUGCCAGCACCACAUGAUGUUACUUCGUUGAGGUCAUUCCUGGGAGCCGUAAAUUAUUACAGUAAAUUCGUGCGCGGAAUGCACGAGCUACGACAACCUUUGGACGCAUUGUUAAAGAAGGACGUCAAGUGGAAUUGGUCAUCAGCCUGUCAAGAGUCGUUCAAUCAAUUCAAGCGAGUUCUACAGUCUAAUCUGUUGCUUACACAUUACGAUCCAAGACUCGAAAUCAUUGUGGCCGCUGACGCUUCCAUGAACGGUGUCGGAGCAGUAUUGUUUCAUCGAUUCCCGGGUGGCAACAUCAAGGCAGUUUGCCACGCUUCACGAACUAUGACACAGGCAGAAAGGGGAUACAGCCAAGGAGAGAAAGAGGCACUAGCGCUCAUAUUUGCCGUUACCAAAUUCCAUCGGAUGCUCUUUGGACGUCAAUUCACCUUGCAGACGGAUCAUAAGCCAUUGAUUUCCAUUUUUGGAUCCAAAAAGGGAAUUCCGGUACACACAGCCAACCGGCUACAGCGAUGGGCGUUGACUAUGCUUCUGUACAAUUUCAAAAUCGAGUUCAAGUCAACAGAAAGCUUUGGAUAUGCCGAUUUUUUAUCAAGACUCAUCAAUCAACACUCUAGACCAGAAGAGGAAUACGUCAUUGCAAGUACUCGGAUGGAAACCAGCAUUAGAAACAUUCAAGCUGAAUCACUUUCAUCGCUUCCAAUCACAUACGAGAUGGUUGUAGCUGAAACCAAGAAGGAUAAAACACUCCAGAAGGUUUUGCAACAAAUCAACAAUGGAUGGCCAGCAAUCACUCUUCCAGCUGAAGUCAAGUCAUUUCGAGCACGUCAAGAAUCGUUAUACAGUUCAGGCGAUUGCAUCAUGUUAUCGGACAGAGUGGUCAUUCCAGACACCCUUCGCACUGCAGUUUUGAAACAACUACACGCUGGGCAUCCUGGUAUGGAAAGAAUGAAAGGGAUUGCACGCAGCUACGUCUUCUGGCCGAACAUUGAUGUGGAUAUCGAAGAUUACGUCCGUAGAUGUCCCCGUUGUGCAGCAGUGGCCAAAUCUCCAGGGAAAACAACGCUUUCGUCGUGGCCAAUUCCAAUGCAGCCCUGGUCUCGCAUCCAUAUGGACUACGCUGGUCCAUUCAAGGGAAAAUAUUUUUUGGUUAUCGUUGACGCCCGCACAAAAUGGCCAGAAAUAUACUGUACAAAUUCCAUGACAGCAUCUGUGACCGUCAGUAAACUUCGAGAAACCACUGCACGAUUUGGAUUACCUGAUGUUAUUGUCACCGAUAAUGGCACGCAGUUCGAUUCAAGUUUGUUUGGGGCGUUUUGUGAAAAGAAUGGCAUUGAACAUAUCAAGAUUCCUCCGUUUCACCCUCAAUCGAAUGGUCAGGCAGAGCGAUUCGUCGAUACAUUGAAGAGAGCAUUAAGAAAAAUGGAUGGAGACGGAUUAGAAGAAGCACUACAAACAUUCUUGUUCACAUACAGAUACACUCCAAAUAAAUCAGUUCAAGGUAUGAAAUCGCCAGCCGAGGCUAUGCUUGGAAGGAAACUCAAGAUGAACUUGGACCUUUUGAAGAAGCCAGCACCAAAAUCGACCAAUAUCAACCGACAACAAAACGAGCAAUUCAACCGAGUGCACGGAGCCAAAGAAAGAACGUUUACCGAUGGCGAAGAAGUGUAUGCAGAAAUUUACAUCCGCAACAAGCGACACUGGGCUUUAGGAAAGAUCAUCGAAAGGAAAGGUAUGAUGGCAACCCAGUUAAUCCGGACGAAAACCAGGAGUCUUUACCAGUCCUCAUGCUGCUUGAAGAAUUUGGUAUUCAUGAAAGAGCAGUCGAAACCGUACAACUGGAUCCAGAGCCUGAACAACCAAUUGCAAUUUCUGAUGUUCAAGUUAGCCAAUUCGAAGAACCAGUGGUAGAUGUCCCCGAAAGGUCAGUCAACAAUCCAGUUGAAUUAGAGGAGUAUCGCAAUACAACAGCAGCUUCACCUUCGCCAGCAUUAGCAAAUGUUGUGGAUAGCCCUGGACCGUCAACUGUUGUCAAGGAAACCCGCAC